AUGGCCCGAUACUCUGGGUACGAUUCAGAUUAUGAGUGCGAUGGAUGUUCUAGUAGGAACUUCAAUACACGAGAAGGGCUGGUCGAACACUACCGUCAAUCCCCACAUCACUUUUACUGCAAAGCUUGCGACGAGCAUUUCUCCGACGCCAAAGAACUAAACAGCCACUUCCACUUUGAUGUUCCCGACUCAUGCGUUUUAUGCCAGAAACACUUUCUUGACGAGAAUGGGCUCGCGUCGCACUACAAAUUGUCGAAGAAACAUCGUUCUUGCAUUGAGUGUGGGAGGGAAUAUUCAGCUGCAGCGCUGAUUAUGCAUUUUGAAUCCGGUACUUGUAAGACUGGAAUUCGAGGUGUAGAUGUCGAUCAAGCCGCUCGCGGACAGGAUCGUGGAGGUGUUCUUAGCGAUCGCAGGGCUUCUCACCAUCGUGGAGAGGAUCCCUAUUUCUGUCCAGAAGAGGGUGAAGAUGUACGGUUUGCCACGUUCGGAGCAUUAUGCCAACACUUCGAGAAUUCCUCAUGUGAAGUGGGGGAAAUGGUAGAGUUCAAGAAGACUUUGGAUGGGCUCAUUAGCAGAGUCAUUCUCAAGAGUUGGCAGUGCAUGGCGGAGUAA